AAGCUGAGUGCUAUUCGGUCAUGUGAUUCCUGUUUUUUUUUUUUCCUCCUCUUUUUUUUCCUCCUCCUUCGAAGUUGAAAGGCAGGAGCAGAGUGGUGGAGGGGUCCCAGCUUGCCUUCUUCCUUCUAGCCGUUGAUGCAGCGAUUUCGUGUCUUUUUACGCACAUUCUUGUUUUUUCUGGGCUCGCUGUGAUAUUUUUACGCUCUUUCCUUCGCCAUGGCGGGGGCUAUUAUUGAAAAUAUGAGCACCAAAAAGUUGGUGAUAGUGGGAGUUAUUCUGCUUUUGUUCCAGGCGUUUGCCUUCAUGGUCGGCGGUUUAAUUGCUCCAAGCCCCAAAAUAGCGGUCCACUACUUGGCCACCAAGUGUGUGGACACAGCCAAGCAUCGUCAGGAGACUAAAUGGUUCAUGCCAUGGGGCCCAAACCAGUGCGACAAGAUCCGGUCAUUUGAUGAGGCCACAGCCAAGAAGAUUGAGGCCAACAACAUCGUUUUUGCUGUCCACAUUCCUCUGCCAAACAAGCAGAUGAGCCCAUGGUUCCAGUUUAUGCUGGUCAUCCUGCAGUUUGACAUCGCUUUUAAGGUGUACAACCAGAUAGAGGAUGGAGCCAUGGUCACCAUUGAUGUUGGGUUGGCCUACAGAGAUGACACAGUCAGUGAGUGGACGGAGAUGGCUCACUCUUUUGAGCAGAGGAAGCUUAGCUGCAACUUCACCACUGCCAAGACCUUUGAGAAUGAAGGUCGGUAUUACGAGUGUGACCUGCUGCCCUUUAUGGAAGUUGGCAGCGUCGCCCAUAAAUACUAUCUGCUCAACAUACGCUUACCGGUCAAUGAACGCAAGAAGGUCAACGUGGGAAUCGGAGAAAUAAAGGACAUUCGUCUUGUCGGUAUUCACCAGAAUGGAGGUUUCACCAAAGUUUGGUUUGCCAUGAAGACAUUCCUUACGCCGAGCAUCCUCAUCAUUAUGAUCUGGUACUGGAGACGCAUCACCCUCAUGAGCAGACCUCCUGUGCUGCUGGAGAAGGUAAUCUUUGCUUUGGGGAUCUCCAUGACGUUCAUCAACAUCCCAGUGGAGUGGUUCUCUGUUGGCUUCAACUGGACCUGGAUGCUGCUUUUUGGAGACAUCAGACAGGGCAUCUUCUACUCCAUGCUGCUCUCCUUCUGGAUCAUCUUCUGUGGGGAGCACCUCAUGGACCAGAUGGAGAGGAACCGUUUCUCAGUUUACUGGAAGCAAGUUGGACCAGUCGUCUUCGGCUCCUUCUGCCUUUUCAUCUUUGACAUGUGUGAGAGAGGAGUCCAGUUAACAAACCCCUUCUACAGCAUCUGGGCGUCUGAUGUGGGAACCGAGCUGGCUAUGGCAUUCAUAAUUGUGGCAGGAAUCUGUGCCUGCCUCUACUUCCUCUUCCUCUGCUUCAUGGUUUUUCAAGUCUUCCGCAACAUCAGUGGUAAGAGGUCCUCACUACCUGCCAUGUCCAAGGCCAGACGUCUGCACUAUGAGGGUCUGAUUUUCCGAUUUAAGUUCCUCAUGUUGGUUACUUUGACCUGUGCUGCUAUGACGGUCAUCUUCUUCAUCAUCAGUCAGGUGAAUGAGGGCCACUGGCACUGGGGAGAGCACACUGUGCAGGUGAACAGCGCCUUCUUCACUGGUAUCUAUGGCAUGUGGAACCUGUACGUCUUUGCCAUCAUGUUCCUCUACGCUCCAUCUCACAAACGCUAUGGAGACGAGCAGUCAAGUGGUCAAUGCAUCACUGGAGAUGCUGGAGCGAACAGCGGUGAGGACAUCCAGCUGACCACCACCAUCACCCAUGUGGACGGCCCCACUGAGAUCUACAAGAUGACCGGCAAAGAGGCCCAGGAGUAGACGUCACACUGUUAUUCAGACGCCCCACUGCUACCUACUGCUCCAACGUCCCCCUCCCCUAGAUAUGUAACCAUUCAGCUUUUUCUCUUUACAUCAAUUCCAACGACAGUCCACCCUGCAUGUGCUCUCCAGUCUCUCAAAAUGUCUAUGUCCGAACACUAAAUCCUGACUGUGUGACUUGUUCGUGUUUCCCGACUCCUGAGUUCUUACGGAAUCUCCCAAAGGCUGAAUAUUAUCACCGCUCAUAUCAGUCCUUUUUCAAUUCGUAGUGGAGCGUUGUCAUACAUUUCAAACUUAAGGUAAACUGUGUUGUGUUUGUAAAUGCUACACAAUGCUUUUGACACAGUCAGGUACAAAAAGCUGCUUUAUCAAAAAAAAAAAAAAAAUGUAAGUGUAAAGAAAACCAUUCAUGGAGGUCAGAAGUUGCACUUUGUAGCCAGCACACUCCAUUUUUUUUUUUUUUUUUUUUUAACAGUACAGUUUGGUUAAACUGCUGACUGAAAAGGCCUGAGAUUUGGGCAGAUGUUACUUAACCACUCGGUUUGUUUUCUGCUUUAUUUACCAGUUACACUCCCACCAUUUCACACAUGUAUACUCUCCCAUAGAACGUAGACGAUGUGGGGUCCUGCUGUCAGUCAUCGUCCUUGAAGUGGUGGAGUUUUGCUUUCUUUUCUUUUUUUAUAUCAUUGGGGAAAAUGUACAGACCACAUAGCCACUUUGGAAAUGCAUACUGUACAUUCAUUAUGUUACAAUGUAGAUAUCUAUUUUUUAUAAAGUGCUUAUUUUCAACUUCAUAAACUUUAUGCAUCAAUAAAUUGUUGACAGGUAUGAUUUGAAGUUGAUUGUAGCCUAUUACACAUGGUUUUUAGUUUUUGGCUUUUUAUGCUUAUUUAAAUAAAACUGUUUACUUAAUA